ACUUGGGUGGCUCAUCCGAGUCAGCAGCAUCUUGGUGUGUCCUCCUCUCUCGCUCUGCCGGCGUCGUUAGUAGUCGAACCUCGACGAGCCCCGCGUUCUGCUGCUGCCAACAAUGUGGAAGCGUGCGAUCGUGCUGAGCUGCCUGGUGGCCGCGGUCCUAUCAUCGGAGUCCGAUCUGGAAGGUGCCGAGACGGGCUGGAGUGGCUGGAGUAGCGGCGCUGGUGGUGGCGGCGGCUACGGUGGCGGUGGCAAAGUGAUCAUUAUCAAAACGGUUGGCGGCGGUGGCGGCGGUCACGGUGGUGGCUGGACGUCGGGGUCGUCUGGCGGCGGUGGUGGUGGCGGGUGGCCAAGCAGCUACGGUGGCUCGAGCAAGGGAUGGUCGAGCGGUGCCGGCAGCGGAUGGUCGCAGGGAGGCGGUGGCUACGGCGGCGGAGGGCUGAGCUCGGGAUGGAGCAGCGGACGUAGCCUCGGCGGCGGUGGUUGGUCCUCGGGAGGUGGCGGAAGCAAGGGUUGGUCGUCCGGUGGUGGCCUCGGCGGCGGAUACGGCGGUGGAGGCUGGUCGUCCGGAGGAGGCCUCAGCAAGGGUUGGUCUUCGGGAGGUGGCGGAAGCAAGGGCUGGUCAUCGGGCGGUGGCAGCCAUGGAGGAUGGUCGUCGGGAGGCAGCAGCGGAGGCUAUGGUGGUGGCUGGUCCUCCAGUGGGUGGUAACCGGAACCCGCAACGCAUCCCGGAGAGGCACACGGGAGCAAACCCCUCACUGCCCUAUGGUUGAUGAUUGUUGAUUGAUGCAAAUAGAACGAAGCAAAGCUCUUUUUUGUAAAUAACCUC